AUGGUCAAGGUCGCGAUCGCAGGAGGCUCUAGUCCGACGCUGGGCCGUUCGGUUGUUACAGCCCUUUUGGCAACGAACGGCCGUCAUACGCCAGUUAUUCUCUCGAGGAAGCGAGAAGGCGGCUCUCCGGCGUCUAGCACGGCAGCUUGGGUGGUUCCUGGAUCGUCUUCUACCGCCGAAGUAGAAACUCGGUAUGUCGAUUACGAGUCCAAGGACUCGCUGGUAGCAGCCCUGCAUGAUAUCGACACUGUCAUCAGCGUGCUCCUUAUUCAUGACACAGACACGUUCGUCAACACCCAGAUCAGACUGCUGCAUGCCGCUGAGGCCGCUGGGUGCCGACGCUUUGCACCGUCCGAGUUCUCUGGCGGAUACAAGUUGCACUUCUCAGUCGAUUUUGAGAGGGAGGCCAAGCUUCCCGUGUGGGAGGCCGUGCUCAAAUCCAACAUCGACGCUGCCCUCUUUGCGAAUGGGAUGUUCAUGAAUUACCUUGGAAUUGGCAGCCCUGAGAAAGACGGUAAUCGAGCAGAGGCGCUGGCGGGCUUUGCUGAGGGGCCAUUAUUGUUUAACUUGGUUGAGGGCUGGGUUGAGGUGCCCGUGGUCGUGCGUGAGGAUGGCAGCGUUCCACCACCAGCCGCUAUAACCAUGACCAACAUCCGCGACAUUGGCAGGUUCAUCGCCGCGGCUAUCGACCUGGAAGAGCCCUGGGGUAAACGAGAGCUUGGGAUGGCCGGUUCAACUCUUCAGUUCGACGAGAUCGUGAGCCUGAUCGAAAAGUAUACAGGCCGCUCGAUGGAGGUACGCCCGUUCACCAAGAAACAGAUCGAGGAGCGGCUUGACAAUCUUGCGGAAGGGGUCUUAGGGAUCAUCGAGAAGCUGGAGUGUCAGUUGAAGAAAGUGUGCUGUGAUGGUGGGAUCACUGUCCAGCCAACGCUCAACCGCCUCUGUCCGGACGUAAAGCCCAUGACAGUCGACGAGUUUCUCAAGAAGUACUGGGCGGAACCAUCCGGGCCCACCGUUGAUGCAUGA